AUGAAAAUUGCUCUGAGCUGUUUCUUGCUGCUUCUCUUGCUUCCUAAUUCGACAUUGCUCGUAUCUGCUCUGAGCUUGGAUGGCGCAGCGCUCUUGUCGCUCCUUAGGCACUGGGAUAAGGUUCCUUCAUCCAUCAAUUUAAGUUGGAACGCUUCUGAUUCCACUCCUUGUUCGUGGAUUGGAGUGCACUGUAACAACCAUGACGUCGUGGUUGCUUUCAACUUGUCGGGGUUCGGAAUUUCAGGUCAAUUGGGGCCAGAAAUUGCAUACAUAAAGCACCUGAAAUCUGUUGAUUUGAGCUACAACAGUUUCUCUGGUUCAAUUCCGAAGGAGCUCGGCGACUGUAGUCUUCUUCAGUCGGUGGAGCUAUCAUACAACAGCUUUGCUGGAAGGAUUCCAGAAAGUUUUGGGGAUUUACCAAAGCUCGAGUACUUGAGUCUCUGGGGAAAUUCUCUUGGGGGUGAAAUUCCUGAAUCAUUGUUUCGAGCUCCAAUAUUGAGCACAAUUUAUCUCAACAACAACAAUCUCAAUGGCUCAAUUCCAUCCAGCAUUGGGAACGCGACUCGCCUGGAAUUUUUGUUUCUGUACAACAAUCAGCUAUCGGGAACUGUUCCGUCCACCAUCGGAAACUGCAGUUCGUUGCAAGAACUUUACCUGAACAACAAUUUCUUACAAGGUACAUUACCAGACAGCCUGAACAAUCUCGAGGAGCUUGUUUAUUUGUACGUCAAUGAUAACAAUCUGACUGGGAGGAUUCCUUCGGGUUUGGGUAAUUGCCGAGAGUUGCUCUAUCUCAUCUUAUCCGACAAUCAAUUCACCGGCGGUAUUCCACCGGAAUUGGGAAACUGCAGUAGCUUAACUAACCUCGCUGCUGUUAAUUGUGGAUUGAGUGGUGAAAUCCCUGCUUCUCUAGGGAAGCUCGCUAACCUAAACCUUCUAUACCUUUCUGAGAAUCAUCUGUCUGGAACAAUCCCACCGGAGUUGGGAAAUUGCAGGGCUUUGAUUGAUCUGGAGAUUUAUGAUAACCAGCUGGAGGGUGAGAUUCCAAGUGAAUUAGGGUUCCUCACGCAGCUGCAGAUCCUCAUGCUUUUUACCAACCAUUUGAGUGGAGAAAUCCCUGUAAGCAUAUGGAAGAUUCAGAGUCUUCAACAUGUUAUUGUUUAUCAGAACAAUCUUGUUGGUGAGCUACCCAAUGAAAUUACAGAGCUAAAGCAAUUAAGAAACAUUUCCUUGUUUGAAAAUGGAUUUACAGGGGUGAUACCUCAAGGAUUGGGCAUAAACAGUAGCCUAAUGUUGUUGGAUUUGACGAGAAACAAGUUUAGUGGCCCCCUACCUUCAACCCUUUGCUUCAGAAAACAAAUGUGCAGGUUGCUCUUGGGCUACAAUCAAUUUCAAGGAAGCAUUCCUUCUGAUAUAGGGAGUUGCUCUUCUUUGACAAGAUUGAUUCUUAGACAGAAUAAUUUAUCAGGUAACCUUCCAGAAUUUACAGAAAAUCCAAACCUUUUGUUCAUGGACCUUAGCAGCAACAGCAUUAGUGGAUCGAUUCCGCCAAGCUUAGGAAAGCUCUCUAACAUUACCUUUGUAGACUUGUCCCUCAAUAAGUUCACUGGUCAUAUACCUUAUGAGAUGGGAAAUCUAGCAUAUCUUGAGUCCUUGAAUCUGUCAAGCAAUGGUCUGGAAGGCGUGCUGCCGGCAAAUUUAUCACGGUGUUACAGAUUGUUGAAGCUUGAUGUGAGUCACAAUUUAUUAAAUGGCGAAAUCCCAUCCAGCUUGAGAAGCUUGAUGGAGUUGUCGGAUUUGGAUCUUAGCGGAAACCACUUUGGAGGAGGUGUCCCUAGACAUUUGUUUCAGCUUGGAAAGCUCUCAUCUUUGAAUCUUGGUGGAAAUCAGUUUGGAGGAUCUAUACCUCCUUCAAUAGGGCUUGAAGCCGAAGCGCAGAGUCUGAGAUCGUUGAACCUCAGCAAUAAUAGGCUGACUGGUCAUGUUCCAUCUGAAGUCAAGAAUCUAAAAUUGCUGGAGCAGAUUGACAUAUGCUGCAACAAUCUAUCAGGGAAUUUGGAAGCCUUUGGCGAGCUCCGAGCAUUAACUAAGGUCAAUGUUUCUUUCAAUGCUUUUGCUGGUCCUGUGCCAGCAGCCCUAAUGAAAUUUGUAAGGUUGAAUCCUUCAUCCUUCGUUGGAAACGGAGACCUGUGCAUCAAUUGUCGUUCAUCAGGCGAGGCAAUGUGUCAGGGCAACAACACCUUCAAGCUCUGUAAUCAGACACCCGGAAAAAGAGGCCUCAAACACAUAAUCGUUGCAGUAGUUGUCUGUGGAUCUUUCCUUGCAGUUGUUAUUCUGGGGUUGGGAAUUUGUUACUUCUUUUCAAGGUGGAAAAGCCACGAGCAGAAGAACAUGUUAGUCUCCGUGGAGGAAGGCACAUCUUCGCUGCUCAACCAAGUUAUUGAAGCGACUGAGAACUUAAAUGAUCGGUACAUCAUUGGGAGGGGAGCUCAUGGGGUAGUAUACAAAGUGACAUUGGAGCCAAGUAAAGUUUAUGCUCUGAAGAAGCUUGACUUUUUCGGGUACGAUGGAGGAAGGACGAGUUUGGUCCGAGAAAUACAGACCAUUGGCAAGGUUAGGCAUCGGAAUUUGAUUAAACUGGAGGACUUUUGGUUGAGAAAGGAGCAUGGUCUAAUUCUGUACAACUACAUGCCGAAUGGAAGCCUUCAUGAUGUUCUACACAAGACACGUCCUCCACCUCUCCUCGAAUGGGACGUGAGGUUCAAAAUUGUGCUGGGGACUGCAGAGGGACUAUCAUAUCUCCAUUUCGACUGCGACCCUGUGAUCAUCCACCGCGACAUCAAGCCAAUGAACAUAUUACUGGAUUCAGAAAUGGAGCCUCACAUUUCAGAUUUCGGAAUCGCCAAGCUCCUGGAUGAGUCCGCCGUUUCUUCAGUAACACAAUCCAGUAGGGUUCAUGGCACCAUUGGGUACAUGGCUCCAGAGAAGGCAUUUUCUACGAGAAGCAGCAAGGAGAGCGAUGUGUAUGCUUAUGGAGUAGUUGUGUUGGAAGUGAUGACGAGAAAAUCAUUGUGUGAUCCAUUGUUUGGGGGUUCAGUGGAUAUGGUGGAGUGGGUUAGAUCUGUGUGGCAGGAAACUGAGGACAUUGAGGCGAUUGUGGAUUCAAAGCUUGUGGAUGAAUUUAUAGAUUCGAGCUGCAGCAGCAGCAUCAAGGAGCAAGCCAAGGACGUUGUAGUGUUGGCAUUGUGGUGCACUGAAAAGGACCCCACCAGAAGGCCAUCCAUGAGAGAUGUUGUGAAUCGACUUAGACAGACACAGGCCAGAGCUCGAACCAGAGGCAAAUAAUUAAGCAUGCACCACCAAACUCACUAAUUUUGGUCAUCAUCAUCGUCGGGUAAAAUUACAUUAGAUAAGUUGACAGGUUAGAUCAAGAAAAUGUCAGCAGGUUGUAAACAGUAAAAGCUGUACCAGGUAAGCUGAAGCUGUAGUGAUUUUUUUUUUUUUGAAUGACGGAAGGAAGUAAUUAUUUUUAUAGUAUGAAGUUAAUAUGAUUAAUUUUAAAAAUAAAAAUAAAAUCAAAUGCCAGGCCGGCAAAUGAAUCAGGUCAUUGCCUUUAGUACAGGUUCGAGCCAGUUAUAAACCGAUUAAAAAGUAU